CGUGGGGGCGAGGGGUUCGAGUGCGUGCGUGAGUGAAGGUGUGCGGGAAGGGUGUGAGCUGAGUGCGCGGCGCCUGUGCGAGAGCACUGCAGUGGCCCGAGGGCCGGUAAAGCCACAGCUGGCUUCUACUACUGGGGUCUCCGACCCUGCUGACAGGAGGAGAGUUGUUCCCAGGCUUCCCAGGACGUCAGGGGGGACCGGUGGACCAGUCGCAGCCUGGACGUUCAGGAGGGUUCUUGGAUUCCAGCGUUGCGCAGACCCGACGUACUGCUCGGAUUCCCCAUCUCGGGCAGAACGGAGCUGCAGGGGAGCGGGACCAGGACCAGGACCAGGACUGUCAUCCACCAUGGUGAAGCUGGGCUGCAGCUUCUCAGGGAAGCCAAGCAAAGACCCGGGGGACCAGGAUGGGGCUGCUACAGACAGUGUGCCUCUGAUCAGCCCCUUGGACGUCAGCCAGCUUCAGCCACCAUUCUCUGACCAGGUGGUGAUCAAGACUCAGACGGAAUACCAGCUGUCCUCCCCAGACCAGCCAAAGAAGUUUCCUGACCUGGAGGGCCAGAAGGGGAGCUGCAGUCAUCCUGAGGAAGGGCGCAGGCUGCCCACAGCUCGGAUGAUCGCCUUCGCCAUGGCGCUCCUAGGCUGUGUCCUGAUCAUGUACAAGGCCAUCUGGUAUGACCAGUUCACCUGCCCAGAUGGCUUCCUGCUCCGGCACAAGAUCUGCACGCCGCUGACCCUGGAGAUGUACUACACCGAGAUGGACCCCGAGCGCCACCGCAGCAUCCUGGCGGCCAUCGGCGCCUACCCGCUCAGCCGAAAGCACGGCACCGAGAUGCCCGUGGCCUGGGGGGGGAACUACCGCGCCGCUAAGGAGGGGCACAACCGGCCCACCCAGGCGGCGGCGGCCACCUACCCGCCCGGGAGUUCCUCGGUCCCGGGGGAGGAGGAGGAGCAGAAGGCAGCCGGGAGCGCGCCGCCCCCGGCUCCCCAGUGACCGCCUCUGCCUCUGCCUCUGCCUUUGCCGUGGCCCGGCCAGGUGUUCUCCCACGGCUUCGGUGACCAGUGCAUCCCCUGAUACUGUUGUACCCCGUGUUUGUGCCCCUGCCUCAGGCAUCCUCACUGCAGCCCCCACCCUUGGUGGGUUUCCAGCUCCUUCGCUUUUCUCUAAGUAAAGAUUCAUGUCU